AUGGAUGAAAUGUACGGAGUGCCGUCGACGGAGGAGGAGUAUGACGACAAGGCCUUGAUGACGCCGGAGAAUCUGAUCUUCCCGGCGGACUACCACAGCUUCUUCAUGUCGACAUCCGCCGCAGGCCGGAUUCCUAUGUUCGGAUCCGACGACCUCAUCUCCGCCGUCGCAACUCCCGCCGGGAUUCAGCAGCAGGAGGACGAGAUGGCCUCCGCGGUCAUGAAGGCCAAAAUCGCCUCUCACCCUCACUACCCUCGCCUCCUCCAAGCUUACAUCGAUUGCCAGAAGGUUGGGGCGCCUCCAGAAAUCGCGCGUUUGUUGGAGGAAAUCCGGCGAGAAAACGACCUGUGUAAGAGGGACGUUGUUUCCACGUGCUUUGGAGCCGAUCCCGAGCUCGACGAGUUCAUGGAAACCUACUGCGACAUGCUGGUGAAAUAUAAAUCAGACCUCGCUCGCCCUUUUGAUGAAGCAACAACUUUCCUCAACAACAUCGAAAUGCAGCUCAGCCAUCUCUCCACCGGUGCUUCCGUUCCCACCCUUUCUGACGAUGGGGGUGUAUCCUCGGACGAAGAUUUUAGUACAGGCGAUGGUGAUGCUCAAGAUGGACAAUUAAGGAGUGAAGAUCGUGAGCUCAAGGAUAGGCUUUUACGAAAGUUUGGGAGUCACAUUGGUUCUCUGAAAUUGGAGUUUUCAAAGAAGAAAAAGAAGGGUAAGCUUCCGAAGGAAGCAAGACAAACACUGUUUCAGUGGUGGAAUGUUCACUACAAAUGGCCUUACCCAACGGAAGCUGAUAAGAUUGAACUGGCUAAGUUAACAGGGCUAGACCAGAAGCAAAUUAACAAUUGGUUUAUUAAUCAAAGAAAGCGUCAUUGGAAACCAUCUGAGAAUAUGCAGUUUUCUAUGAUGGAAAAUCUGACCGGACGGUUAUUUGCUGAUGAAUGA